CAGGCGCAUGCGCCCAGUACCGCCACGCCUGGUCUCUGGGACGCCUCUCUGGACCGGUUUCGCCUGGCGGAGCCCGCAGGUCCAGGUGCAGCGGCCGCAGUGCUGCCUCCCUGCGCCGCGGGCAGUGGCGGUCUCAGGUGUGCCGAAGCUCUGGUCAGUGCCAUGAUCCGGCAGGAGCGCUCCACAUCCUACCAGGAGCUAAGUGAGGAGUUGGACCAGGUGGUUGAGAACUCAGAACUGGCAGACGAGCAGGACGAGGAGACAGUCAAAGUCCAAGGUCCAGGUGUCUUACCAGGCCUGGACAGCGAGUCUGCCUCCAGCAGCAUCCGCUUCAGCAAGGCCUGCCUGAAGAAUGUCUUCUCGGUCCUGCUCAUCUUCAUCUACCUGCUGCUCAUGGCUGUGGCUGUCUUCCUGGUCUACCAGACCAUCACAGACUUUCGUGAGAAACUCAAGCACCCUGUCAUGUCUGUGUCUUACAAGGAGGUGGAUCGCUAUGAUGCCCCAGGUAUUGCCCUGUACCCCGGUCAAGCCCAGUUGCUCAGCUGCAAACACCAUUAUGAGGUCAUUCCUCCUCUCACAAGCCCUGGCCAGCCGGGUGACAUGAAUUGCACCACCCAGAGGAUCAACUACACGGACCCCUUCUCCAAUCAGACUGUGAAAUCUGCCCUGAUUGUCCAGGGGCCCCGGGAAGUGAAAAAGCGGGAGCUGGUCUUCCUCCAGUUCCGUCUGAACAAGAGUAGUGAGGACUUCAGCGCCAUUGACUACCUCCUCUUCUCUUCUUUCCAGGAGUUCCUGCAAAGCCCAAACAGGGUAGGUUUCAUGCAGGCCUGUGAGAGUGCCUAUUCCAGCUGGAAGUUCUCUGGGGGCUUCCGCACCUGGGUCAAGAUGUCACUGGUGAAGACCAAGGAGGAAGAUGGGCGGGAAGCAGUGGAGUUCCGGCAGGAGACAAGUGUGGUUAACUACAUUGACCAGAGGCCAGCUGCCGAAAAAAGUGCUCAGUUGUUUUUUGUGGUCUUUGAAUGGAAAGAUCCUUUCAUCCAGAAAGUCCAAGAUAUAAUCACUGCCAAUCCUUGGAACACAAUUGCUCUUCUCUGUGGGGCCUUCUUGGCAUUAUUUAAAGCAGCGGAGUUUGCCAAACUGAGUAUAAAAUGGAUGAUCAAAAUUAGAAAGAGAUACCUUAAAAGAAGAGGUCAGGCAACAAACCACAUAAGCUGAAGUCACCUUGUCAUGUUUACAGAACUGCCCACAUCAAUGGGAGUUGUCAUCGCUUCCACUUUAUAAACUGAGCUAUCAACAAUCCUGUACUCACUUGAAGAAAUGGGGCCUUGCUGGGAGGAACAACAUGUCAAACUGGAACUUCUAACCUGGCCCUCAAAGAGACUGUGUAGAGCCUAAUAGAAAAGACCUAAUUGAUAACCUGAAAGUUAAAUAUUUAAAUUAUUAAUGAACUUUUUAAAAGAGCUGGCCAAUGACUUUUGAGUAGAGUUUGUGAAAGAUGCCUUUCUUCCUGUUUGGUUCAUUGUAUUUUAUUAGGUUAAGCUCUAAUAGGAUAAUGAAGGCCCUACUUUUCACCUUUUAAAAGUGGACAGAAGAAUGUGAUUUCCUUUUUCCAAAAAUCCUAUCAAGAUGUGCAGGUCAUGCUUUGGAGCGUAUGCACUGUACACAAAGCCAAAAGCCUGUAACUUUGGCAUUAUCUGCCAUUGAUGUCCAGCCUCUGAUAUGCUCUUUGAUUUGUUAAAGGUUAAAUGAGACUUUAAAUCUACUUGAAACUAGUAAUUAAGUUUCUUAAUGGACUGACUAGUCACCUACUUGUCUAGCUAGAAUGUUUGUUGAUGUAGGAAUUUAGAUUAACGUUCUUCAAAAGCACUAGGACAGAUGUACAUAGUAGGUGCCUACUCAGCGUAUUUUAAUGAUUUCAUUAACAGGUAAAUAAAAGGUUAAUACAAAAGGAA